UAACGGUCUUUUUUUGUUGCUCUGUGUUGGUCAGGCAAAGUAGACACCGAAUGUAAACCGUGCUAACUGGCCUGACACAAUGCUAAGCUUCAUAAUGACAAGUGUUCAUGUGAUCAGCGUUUCACAACAUGAAUCAUAACUUGUCAACUAGUCCAAUAUGAAUGAUAAAGGACAUUACAAUGUUGAAUUCUGCUAAAUAAGUCAAUAUUUUAUAACAUGCUACUCAAUUGGUUCUUUAAUAACCUCUAUGUAAAGGUUAUUCUAAAUGCUUGAAUAAAGUUUGAGCCACUGCAGGCUUUCUUCAUUUAUUAUAUUCUUCUAAUUGUUUGAAGCCUAUGUUAAUGGUUAAAAGUACCUGGCUGGGUUCAGAUAAAGUUAUUGAGUGUUAUAAUUGCUAUAACUGGGUUUGCUCUCAAUGGUUUUGGUUUCAGUUUUAAGGCUGUCUAACGUAAUGGCUGCUGUGGAGAAAGUAGGCAAGGAGUGUGAGGAGGAGACACUUCAGACCGCUUUUAAGAAACUUCGUGUGGAUGCUGAAAGUUCCACAACCACAGUCCGCGUCUCUGAGUCUUUGGCUUCCAGACUGGUUGCUCGAAGCGGCCCGGAAGGAGCCAAAUCCAAGAUGAGCUCCUCGAAAGAUAACUGGCUUGGAUGCACAAGAAAGUCAACAAGAGGAGUUGUGAGAAGCCAGCGACGUCGACGAUCAAAAUCUCCGAUCCUUCAUCCUUCAAAGUUUACUUACUGCAGCAAAAUGUCUCCCCCUCCUGGACAGCUCAAACACAAGACACCGCCAGAGCCCGACGACACCUGCGCCGUCAAGAACGAAGUAGCAUUCUCAGCUCCGUGCUCCACUGUAUUCGGUGUCGUCGGCUAUGAAACCCACCUCCCUUCUCCAAAGGGUCAAGAAUUGCCCCUCAGUCCCAGAAUGCCCUCGGAUGACGAGAGCGCUGCCGAAAACAGGCUCACUUUAGGAUGUAGGCCGGGAUCUCAGGAGGCGGGCAAAGGUAAUGCUGUUCCGUCUGACUUUCAAUCUCUGUCCAAGUUGCAGGAGGCCGGUCAGUGCCCGUGUGGGCAGCAGGAAUGCCAGUGUCCCGGUUGGCAGGGGGUCGGGGUGUACUCAUUCACCGGCCUUCGAGAUGUGAUCUCCGAAUGCGAGCGGAAGCUUCCCAGCCUGCAGGACAGUUCGCCCAACAGCAGAACUUCCGCUGGGACGUCCAGCUCCCCUCGCUCUUGUUCCGAACAGGCCCGCGCCUAUGUGGAUGACAUCACAAUAGAGGACCUUUCUGGAUACAUGGAAUAUUACCUUUACAUGCCCAAGAAGAUGUCGCAUAUGGCUGAGAUGAUGUACACCUGAAAAUUACAUUUAAUGAAGCAAAUUAAAACAAUUAUAAAGAUGGAUAUUGGGUACUUUAAAAAAAAAAAAAGGUUUAUUUAAAAAAUAAAUAAAUAAAAGCAAUUCUACUUUAUUGUCUGGAUGUUCUUUCUCCAGAACAUCCUGACUAAGAAUCAUGGGAGCAUGACUCAUUCUGUGAUUUACUACUCUGUUUCCUUUGUUUUCGUUUGAUUUCGUGAUAACUGUUAUGUUUGGUUUACAUUUUAAAGUUGCCAAAAGUCUAUCCCAGAGACCGCAGGUUUGAUUUCACUGAUAUAUGCGAACUUACACAAUGCCAAGUAAUGAUUCUGUUCACCAUGACAAGGAUGUGAUGUCAUCUUAUUUCUCAAUAAAACAGCUUUUUGGGGAUUGUUCAUGA